AAAACGGCUUCCAGUGUUGGUUCUCAUAGUCCGUUUAACAUAAAAAUGGAUGAACUUAACGAGGAUUUUGGCGACCUAUUGGAGGAAUAUGACGAUCUGGACUUUUCUGAAUAUGAAUCGGAUUCUCGUGACCCAACUAAAUUGUAUUUACAGAAGUUUCAAAAUAAGGUUGAUUUUUCCAUAAAGUUCGGGUGGCAAACGAAGGAUAAAAGUGACCGUGCCACCACAGACCACGCUUUAGACCGGCGAUCACGAGCCAUUUUAUUCAAAAUGAUGAACCAGGAAAUUUUUACUGAAAUUAAUGGUUGCAUAAGUACAGGAAAAGAAGCUAAUAUUUAUCAUGUCAUUGAUAAAGAUGAUACGGAUCUUGCGAUCAAAGUUUACAUGACGUCUAUCAUGCCCUUUAAAUCACGUGACAAGUAUGUCAAGGGGGAUUUCAGAAUGCGGCAAGGUUAUUCCAAAGCCACAUCUUGGAAAUUGGUUUGCAAAUGGACGGAAAAGGAAUACCGCAAUUUAAUUCGCAUAAAACAGUCUGGUCUCAUUCCUUGUCCCACUCCAUUACGUCUCAAAGGAGUUGUGUUAUUGAUGUCUUUUAUCGGAAAGGAUGGCAUUCCGGCUCCUAAACUGAAAGAUGCUUGCUUCAUCGAACCUGAAAAUAAUGAUCAUUCUCCUGUCGAUUGGACAAAACUUUAUGCACAAAUAGUCAAUGAUGUGCGGACCUUGUAUCAAAAAUGCAGACUAGUCCAUGCUGACCUCAGUGAAUAUAACUUACUGUAUAUGGAUGGNAUGAUAGAUGUCUCCCAGUCGGUCGAACACGAGUCUCCCCAUGCGCUAGAAUAUCUCCGAACAGAUUGUCACAACGUAAAUGCGUUUUUCCGUAAGCAGGGCGUGGUGACAUUAACAUUGCGCGAGUUCUUUGAAUGGGUAGUCAAUCCCAGUUUACCAGCACCGGAUGAUCCCGCUUCACGUGUCUAUUUACAGCAACUCCUACAAACCGCGGAAGAACGUGGAUUCAACCAGACUAUCGAGUCGGAAGAUGCUGCUUUUCGCUUUGUGCAUAUUCCUCGUCAUUUACAGGCAGCUUAUCCUUUCGUGCGUGAUUUUCUCAAGCUGCAAACCGGAAGGCUGGCUCCAUCAGAGGUGUAUUAUGCUGCAGUAAGUGGGAUGAAACCUGAUCUUACUGGAGCUCAACCUAAACCAGAUAUCCUAAUGCAACCUAUUUCGGAUGAUGAACACUCCUCUCAAUUGGCUUCAUCAGAUGAGAGUGAAGGUCCGCAUGAAGAGAGUCAACGUGAUGGGGAGGCGAUCACUACAAUCGUAUCGCAGGCUCGACCGCGGAACGAAUCACCAACGAGUAGAAAGCUUCGCAAAAAAACAGUCAAGGAACAACAAGCGGAGCGGCGGAAAACCAAAAUUCCUAAACACAUUAAGCGGCAUCGCACUAAAAAAUGA